AUGGAUAUUCAUAAACUUGUAUUUAUACUGUUGAUAGUGCGUCUGCUGUUGUGCUGUGUGGAUGUUGCUUUGAUACGCGAUCACGUCAAGGCACAGUCCAUUGAGAGAAGACGCAGUGCCUAUAAUAUAUGGACAAUACACUUUGUCUCACCGCAACUGAUGUACUCGAUGAAAAAUCAUUCAGCUUCUGGCAAAGAGGAUAUCUAUUCUUCAGGCGGUAACAGUUUACAUCACAAUACAUCUCAACACGAAUUUGAUAACUGGACCAUACUUCUUACAUUUAAUAACGAAUAUUUUGAUUUCUUUCAAAACUGGUGGUGGUUUUUUGUUCGUCUUGAUAUACCCGUUAAAAUUUUAGUCAUAGCCGAAGAUGGUGACGUAUUCAGGAAGAUAAUGGCAAACUAUGCAGAAUACGCCUACGUAGAGAGAAGUGACCUUGACAUUGAAGAGGAAAUGUAUUUUGAUACUGAUGCUCGUAGGAAAAUAGCAUUUUCUAGAAUCUCCCAUAUACUGAAGUAUCUGGAAAACGGCAUAAAUAUCUUAUACUCCGAUAUUGAUACAGUUUGGCUAAAGAAUCCUUUUACCUAUUUUACCGGAAGUUGUGAUAUGUGGGUACAGAUGGAGGACGAAACAAUAUAUUCCACCGGUUUCAUGGCAAUGCUUAGUAACAAAAAAACGUUUAAUUUCAUGCAACGAUGGAGACAAGUUUUAAAAUAUAAAUUGCAGGAUGACCGGCCGGUUUUCAAUGCAUUGUUGAAAUAUAGCCAUAUACGGCCCUGUCCGCUUGACGAAAACAAAUUUUCUUCUGGGCCUACUUAUAAGCGAUUAACGACCAGCGAGCGUGAAAAAGCGGUAGUUGUUCAUAAUACAAAUUUUGAGCUGGCUCAUGUCAUGAAACGGGAAAGGUUUAAACAAUGGAAUUUAUGGAACAAUGAAAGCAAAGCACAAGAUGAAGAUAUGGAAGGUUUACCUAGGGAAGAAAAUGUGAAUGAUACAAGAUCAGAGGCGGCAGAAAACCUCGAAUCAUGA